AUGGCGAAUCCGCCGAUAAAGAACGUGAUGCGUUUCUUCUUCUUCAACGUUAGCAAUCCGGACGAGAUCAUCUACAACAACGAGAAACCACGUCUCAUUGAAACGCAGUCAUACGCAGUGAUGGAGACUGAGCAGAAGCGCUAUCUCAAGUGGAGUGAGGACGGAACAAAAAUCUUCUAUGAAAACUAUAAGACGUACGUGAUCAGCGACGAGUACACAUGCCCGGAAUGCUCAUGGGAUGACACAGUAACGAUCCCGAAUACAAGUGGAGUUGUAAGUGCCGAGUCUCACGAUUUCAAUGAAAUCCAAAUUGCUGAAACUGUACGAGAAACACGGAAAAUGUUACUCCCGUAUGAGUUAGUCAGUUACUAUGAAGGAGCCGCUGCAGAUCUCCUCGAUCCUCAGUAUAAUCUCACCAAAGUGGCGCAGAAGCUACUUGGAUUUGGACUGUUACUACUUGGCGAAUAUCCCUUCAUAUCACAUACCGUUAAAGAGAUACUUUUUGAUGGUUACAACGAUGCGCUAUUGGACGUCGGUCAUUCACAGAUUGUCUACGUCCUCAGUGGCAUUCUCAACGGAGGAAAGAGCAUCAUCCCAAUUCCGAUCCCGGACAUGCCACGGUUGGGAUUCUUCCAAGGCUACAAUAACAGUCGGGAUGAAUCGUAUUGGGUCGAGUCCGGAAAAGAUGAUAUCAAUCGUCUUGGCGAAAUAGUCACAUGGGCAAACCAAACCAUUCUACCGCAGUCGUGGUGGCCAACUGCGUACGCGAGAAGCAUUCGAGGCUCCGGUGAGUUAGUUUCCAUCCGCAUGAGAUUUGCUUUGGUUGAUUUGACGGAAAUGGCAAUUCAUAAGGAGUUGCCGGUGUGCUCGUACACCUCAUCCUUUUCAUUUAUUUCCACUUAUCAGAAGCAAUUCUAA